AUGGAUUUGCUACUAGGGUCGCGCUUGGUGGAGUCGACGAGAUGCGACCAUGUUGCCACGAAGCAGCGUGCGACAAGAGAUGAGGCGAGCGAGAGAUCUAAGGAUGCCCGAGCGUCGUCCUCUCGGCGUCGUGGUUACGCGACAUCGCUCGCAAGGCCCAUCCGGCUGGCAAAUGGUCUCCUGGCAACGGCAUACAACAUUCGCCAGCAGUGGGAUGGCUCAGGCGAUCGGGCUGAGCAAGCCAAACGCAGGGAGCUUAUGCACAUGCAAGAUGCGGACACUGCGGCACAAUGGAGGACAGCAGCGGACAAGCUGGACAUAUUGGAGGGCAACCAUUACUGGAAGUUUGACGAGACUUCCGACGAGUGUAACAUGGACUUGAUCCGGCUUCGUCUGGACCAUCUCAAGAAGGCAAACCACGAGGGGAACAUGGAUGAGAUGCUACAUCAGAUACGCAAUGCCUUGAAACGGGACCUGGGUGGUAUGGGCAACGUGCGUCUAUUCCAGCACAGUCUUGUCGGCACCAAGCAUUUGAUCGAGGAGUAUACCGAGGUCGUCAAGUACACUAUCGAGAGAAUUGCCAUGUUCUGCGAGACAGCCGAUGCACCUACUGUGAAUCGCUAUCUGGACACCAUGAAGGCAGCACGGCAGUCUUUCGGCAGCACUGCACUGAUGUUGUCGGGAGGUGGAACGCUCGGAAUGUGUCAUAUCGGAGUUGUCAAGUGCCUUCUUGAGGAAGGUCUCCUACCGCGUGUUGUUUGCGGUUCCUCUGCAGGAAGCAUCGUUGGCUCCGUCCUCUGCACACAAAAGACAAGUGCCAUUUCAGCCAAGCUUGACGAGCUGUGCAAGGGUGAUUUGAGUGUCUUCCAGGGAGCGGAUGAAUGGCAAGGCGUUCCGGGAAUGGCCAUCAAUAUUCUCAAAGGUGACCCGGCAUUCGAUGUCAGCAACUUGUGUCGGGUUAUGAGAAGUCUUUUGGGCAACAUCACCUUCAAAGAAGCAUACAACCUGACAGGAAUGGUUCUGAACAUCCAUGUUUCGUGUCGCGACAAACACAAUUUACCACGGCUACUGAAUCAUGUGACUGCGCCGAAUGUGAUUAUCUGGUCCGCGGUGGCUUCGUCUUGCUCUCUACCUCUGGUGUUCGAACCUCCGGGAUUGCGAGCGAAGCAUCCAGAGACUGGCGAGGUAGAAGCGUGGGGACAUUCGGAUCACAAGUGGAUCGACGGAUCCAUCGAGGGGGACUUACCAGCGCAAACGCUUGAAAGGCUCUUCAACGUGAACAACUUCAUCGCGUCACAAGUCAACCCUCAUGUUGCAGCUUUCUUGCCCAAAGAAGGAGAGGCACCGAGCUUUGUGCGCAGAAGCUUGACAGUAUCACAGGCAAACCUGAUCUACUUGCUUGACAACGUCAUGGAUCGGGGAUGGGAUUCUUUCCCCGUCAAGAUGGCACACGCUGUGCUAAGUCAAAAGUACGAUGGUGAUGUUACCAUUCUGCCCAAUAUCUCGUGGGUACCAUGGCUACAGGUACUAGCCAACCCUAAUCAUGAGUUCAUGAUGAGGGCGACGCGCGAAGGAGAGCAGGCAACUUGGCCUAAGCUCGAUCGAAUUCACAACUCUGUGGCGAUCGAACUUUCCCUAGAGGAAGGCAUUCGCCACAUUCAGACCAUGCAGGUUGCGGGUAUCAGACCAGAUGGCGCACGCUUAAGACGUGUACCUUCAUCAACACGAUCAGAGCGUGGGCUGUCCCAUGUUCGGCGGAGAAGAGGUGGCCCAGGAGGACUCAACAUCAUAUCACGGUUGCCUCGAGGCCGCGGGAACCUGCACCGUUCCAUCAAAUCCAUGAUAGAAGGGCCUACACUUACGCCUGCGCUCUUAGCAGGUCAGAGCACCAGCGACCACGUCCUAUCUUCUUCUGACGAAAUACCAUCAGGACAAUCGUCACCCUUGACAUCCUACGAUGAGAAAGACUCCCACUACGACGACGAUGGUGAUGACACGUCCGACAUCAUGGAGCCCACAGAGCAUGAGCGCAAGAUGCUUGCUUUCCUUUCGCAACCAGCCUCGCCAAGUAUAAGUAUGAAGGCUUUCUGGGGCACCGAUGCACAACGACCACCUGCGCCCAGCUCUCCUGAGAUCAAGAAAGCAAUGACAGGCUUGCAGAUGUCCAUGAUAAUGCCGGAAUGGAAGAAGUCACGACAUCACUAA